CCAUCAAGAUUAACCCGAAAGGCUACCUACCUAGCCAUGACUACAUUGGCAAAUAUCCUACGUCGCUUUUAUCCCCAGACGUCGAAACAAACGAGUCAAGUCCACCUGCCGUUUUACCAUACUUUGCCUAUUCGUUACUACAUUCUUCUGAAUUUGAGCUCACCUGGACUGGGUUCAAAAAAAGCUACUUCCUGUGUUGAACCGCAGAAUUCGUUAGUACCUUCCUCGUGAGAGAGCAACAAUGGGCACAGUAAACUUCCCCGCCACAGUUUUGUUAUCUCUCUCAUUCUCUCUCUCUUCUUUUUUUCCUUUUCUUUUCUUCAAUACAUCAAUAAUUAUAUGUCUCUGUUGCCACAUUCGAUAUCAGAUUCGAUGGCAGAUUAGAUGCUUUUCUUUCUUUUCUUUCUUCUUACCGUGCUAUUAUACAGCAUUGUUUACAUUACUUAAUACCAUUCACUUAAUUUAUUCAAUAACUCAAAACCCUUUCGUUAAUAUGGCGUUCAACGUCAAAUUUAAUAUUUCUUCCUGGGGGGCCGCGGGGAACCAGAAUCCAGCAGACAAACUGUGAGUUAACAGACAUUUCAAAGUAACUCCUAUACAGCGCGGAAAAACUAAUGGCUAAAUAGGGUCGGGAUCCAUCCCGA